AUGCAGCUCGUGUACACUCUCGCGCCGUUUGUGUCGCUCUUCUGCGGUCUCGCCGCCGCCAGCGGUGGCGGUCACUGCUCCCCAAAGGCACUGCCGCCCAGCCAGGAUCCCUGGUACACGCUUCCCCCGGGCGCCGACUGCGCCGGGUCGCCAGGCAAGGUGUUGCGCGUGCGGCCGGCGGCGCGGAGCGCGCGCGCGAGCCUGCGCGGCAUCAAGGAUGCCUGGAACGUGCUCUUCUGCAGCACCGACAGCCUGGGCGCGCCGACCUUUUCCGUCACCACGGUGCUCGUCCCGCACGGCGCCGACGCCGGGGCGCUGCUGACGUACCCGCCGGCGUACGACUCGGCGAGCGUGGACAGCAGCCCGAGCUACGCGCUCAACGACCUCGUCGGCGCGGCCAUUGAGCAGGCCCUCUUCGCGCCGCUCAUCGUCACCAAGCGCUGGGUGGUCAACAUGCCCGACUACGAGGGCCCGCGCGCCGCGUACCUCGCCGGCAACAACUCGGGCCACGGCGUGCUCGACUCGAUCCGCGCCGUGCGGUCCCUCGCCGGCCGCUUCGGCCUGGCACAAGACGCCCGGCAGGCCGUGUACGGCUACUCGGGCGGCGCGUUCGCGGCCCAGUGGGCAGCGCAGCUGCAGCCGUCGUACGCGCCGGAGCUGCGCGUCGGCGUCAUGGCCUACGGCGGGCUCGCGGUCAAUGCCACGGCCGCCAUCCCCACCAUCAACGGGGGCGCCUCGGCCGGGCUCGUCGUCCUCGCCCUCCUCGGCACGACGGCGCAGUCGCCCGAGGCACGCAAGAUUCUCGUGGACAACCUGCGGCCGACGGGGCCCUACAACGCCACGACCUUUUUGAGCGCGGCCAAGCUGGACGUCCAGACGGCGCAGGUGCUCUUUAAAAACCAAGACAUUGCAGAGUACUUUGUCAGCGGAUUCAGCUUCCUCUCCGAGCCUGCGUUUGUCCGCGCCUUUUACGACGACACGCUGGCCGGCCACGCCGACACGCCGACGAUUCCGCUGUACGUGUUCCACGCCGUGCGCGACGAGAUAUCCCCCAUCAGGGACAUGGACGCGCUGGUCGAAAAGUACUGCGCGUCCGGCGCCAGCAUCGAGUACCGCCGAAACACCGUCGGCGACCACACGGCCGGCGGCAUUGCGGAGGGCAUCCGCGCGCUCAACUGGCUCGGCGGCUUCUUCCGCGGCGCGCAGCAGCCAAUCAAAGGCUGCUCCACGCAAGAUGUCUCGUCGCCGCUCGGGCCCGACUCGCUCGCGCUGGCCUUUGUCGUCUUCAGCAAGCAGGGCUACAGCAUCGCUCACUUUCUGGAGGCGCAUCCGCUGCCUGGCGUGCCCUCCGUCCCGUCCAAUGCCACGAAUGCAGAGGUCUUUGGCGCACUGAAGCUGACGACUCGGGAGGCGCUGGCCAAAAUCGGUCUUGAUGACGAGGCGCUGGCUGAAUUUUACGUGACAGAGCAGGACUUGGCGGAGCUAGGUAUUCAUUCAUGA